AAGAAGAACUCGAUUUAGAAAAUGAAACUAAUACCAUCAGUUCAACAGAACAGUGGGUACGUGUAAUACAAAACUGGAUGGAUAUGGUUGAAGAAGAAAAUAUUGAUUCAGAAAGUGAUCCUUUAGAUUUUAUUGCUGUCGAUUGUACUAUUCAUCCUGCUAAUGAUCCGCUUGCAAAAUGGGACCUCUAUAGCAUUUUUAAUAAUAGUCUAGAAUCACCUGAAUUUGUAAAUGCGAUGAUUAAUUAG